AAAUCGGCCAUACUAUAUACCCAUGCGCAAUAACGCCCGCCCCAAGUAUAUCAUGCCACCAAGUCAGCAUACCAAGUUUAACACUUCCUUUUUUAUUAUCUAAUAGAAUGGGGAAAAAAGAAAAACAAGGAAAAAAAUUAAUGGAAAAAAAAGAAAAAAAACUGAUAAAAUCAGUCCAGAGAUUCCCGGUAUUGUACGCAAACACCAUGCAGUUAGGAACAUACCGGGAAUCCAUGUGGAAAAACGUAGCCAGGGAUAUGGAGGAAACUGUGAAAUGGUGCAAGCAGAAGUGGGCGUACCUCCGGUGCAGUUACGGGAGAUAUCUGCGCAAAGAAAGAACCGGAAGUGCGUCCACCCACCACCACUACCAUCAAGAAUUGCAAUUUUUAAAAGAACAUUUAGAAAUUAAUUUACAGAAAAAAAAGAAAAAAGAGACUCAGCCAGAGUUAGAGCCAGAAUCAAGCGGCGAUGAAGUCUGGCUGAGUCAGAAAAAAAAAUAUAAAAACCUAACAAAAGAACAAAAACACAGUUUUAAAAAUAUCACUACCAAGGCGCUUGCCGAUCUUGGCGGUUCUGCCAAUAAGCCAGUAUGUGUUGUAAAGCCUAUUCGUCGAACACGGUAAAUUU